UUACUUCAACAAAAGACUAUCUCUCUCUCUCUCUCUCUCUCUCUCUCUGAAAAAUAUCCAAUCGUUUUCCCUCUUCCUCUUCGACAAAAGAAAAAUCGAAUCACGAAGAAAUUCAGUCAAAUCAUUUUUGAUUUGUGUUUUCUUGUUGUUGUUGUUCAGGUAGAAGUGUUCCAAAAUGUCUCAACCUCAAAGUGAUCCCCUUUUGCAAGCUGAAACAACUUGUGGGUCCCUCUUGUAUGAACUUCAGAUAAUAUGGGAUGAAGUCGGGGAGAAUGAGACUGAGAGAGAUAGAAUGCUUUUUGAGCUUGAACAAGAGUGCCUAGAAGUAUAUAGAAGGAAGGUUGAUCAUGCCAAUCGUAAUAGAGCUCAAUUAAGGCAGGCAAUUGCUGAUUGCGAGGCAGAGCUUGCAGCCAUCUGUUCAGCAAUGGGGGAGCGACCAGUCCAUACUAGGCAGUCUGAUCAAAAUGCUGGAAGUUUAAAGGAAGAGCAUGCAAGAAUUCUGCCACAGUUGGAGGAGAUGCGUAAAAGGAAGUCUGAGCGUAGAAAUCAAUUUAUAGAAGUUCACGAGCAAAUUCAAGUUAUCUCAAUGGAGAUUUAUGGACCAAGAGAAUAUAUUCCAGCUGUUGUAGAUGAAAUUGAUUUGUCCUUGAGAAAACUUGAAGAUCUGCACAAACAGCUGCAGGCACUUCAGAUUGAAAAGAGUAGUCGCCUCAAAAAGGUCCAGGAGCACCUGUAUACGUUGAACUCUCUAUGCUCAGUGCUUGGUCUAGACUUUAAGCAGAUAAUCAAUGAAAUCCAUCCCAGCUUAGGCGAAUCAGAAGGAUCUAACAGUGUAAGUAAUGAUACCAUCCAACGAUUGGUUGUUGCUAUACAAGAACUACGCGAAGUAAAAUUGCAGAGAAUGCAGAAGCUCCAAGAUCUUGCAACAUCAAUGUUGGAGCUCUGGAACUUGAUGGAUACACCUAUUGAAGAGCAACAGAUGUUUCAGAAUGUUACAUGUAACAUAGCUGCUUCAGAACAUGAAAUAACUGAAACUAACACCUUGUCUGUGGACUUCAUCAAAUGUGUUGAAGCAGAAGUAUCAAGAUUAGAAGAGUUAAAAUCAAGCAAAAUGAAAGAGCUUGUUUUGAAGAAGAGAACAGAACUAGAGGAGAUAUGUCGAAAGACUCAUCUGGUUCCAGAAAUAGAUAGUGCUGUUGAAUAUGCUGUUGAAGCUAUAGAGUCCGGAACUGUGGACCCUGCUUGUGUGCUUGAACAAAUUGAAGUUCAGAUUGCUCAAGUUAAAGAGGAAGCUUUAAGCCGAAAAGAAAUACUUGAAAAGGUUGAGAAAUGGUUGGGAGCCUGUGAUGAGGAGUCUUGGCUUGAGGAAUACAACAGGGAUGACAAUCGAUACAAUGCUGGGAGAGGUGCUCAUCUUACUCUCAAGCGAGCUGAGAAAGCACGUGCCUUGGUUAAUAAAAUCCCAGCAAUGGUAGAUGCAUUGACUUCAAAAACUUUAGCAUGGGAAAAGGAAAAAGGCAUUCAGUUCACCUAUGAUGGUAUUUGCCUGCUCUCCAUGCUGGAAGAGUACAACAUAUUACGGGAAAAGAAAGAGCAAGAACGCCGCAAGCAGCGGGAUCUGAAGAAACUUCAGGGACAAAUGAUAGCGGAACAGGAGGCACUAUAUGGGUCAAAACCGAGCCCUUCGAAGCCCCAGAGUGUAAAAAAGGGACCUAGGAUGUCAACUGGUGGGGCAGCUAGUCGAAGAGUUUCCCUCGGAGGAGCAAUGAUUCAAACUCCAAAACCUGAUUCAAAAGCUAAUUCUCGUGUUGCAAGAAAGACUGAUAAAGCACACCAAGUUGAGCAGAAUUACUUGGAUGAUGGUGUUUCAUGUUUAUCAUCAGCUAGAAGAGGACUAGAUAUUGCUGGUGUUCCUGUAAAAAAGUAUUCAUUUGGUGCCGGGAGCACUCGUGACAUAGAACCACCACCUCUUGCUCGACAGCCUUUUUCGCCUAUCACUUCGAAAGUAUCAUCAAAUACCAAUAUGGCAAAUUCCAAGGAUGAAUUGAAUAUACAGAGUGAGAAGUUGCAGAAAACAAUUUCACUUAACAAUAUGCCAUUCUCUACUCCCUCAAAGACAGCUGCUAUUGUGGUGGAUGAUGAGAAUAGAACACCAAAGGCAAUGCCAAUUCCUGUCCCUUCUACACCUUCCACUGUUUCAGUUCCAAUGAAGAUGGUCAUGACUCCAGCUCCUGCUUUUGGAGGUGGUGAAUUGGUCCGUGACAUUGAAUAUUCCUUUGAAGAAAGACGUCUUGGUUUUGUCUUACAAUGAUUCUUUGGUUGUCUUGUUUUCAUCAUCUAUUCUAAAAUCAUUAAUCAUGAGUCAAUUGUAAUUGGCUUCCUGAUUGUGUGUAUACAAGAUGUGGACGUAGAACUAGGUUGUGAAACCAACUAAUAUGAGAUUAUGCAGUCUCAUCUGAAUUUUUUUUAAUCAUCGUGUUCUGAUAAUAUAUGGAAAACAGUGUUUGGA